AUGCACUUCUAGCUGAUCUCCAGAACACCACUGCUCAUAUUUCAUCCAACCAAAACAGACAAGGGGAGCAGCAGCAACGCUUACCUUCACACCCACAACAGCAGCAGCAGCAUAGUCAGUGGGACCAGCAACAACAACAUCACUGGGACCAGCCACCGCCUCAGCACCAGUGGGACCAACACCCACAGCACCAGUGGGACCAACACCCACAGCACCAGUGGGACCAACACCCACAGCACCAGUGGGACCAACACCCACAGCACCAGUGGGACCAACACCCACAGCACCAGUGGGACCAGCCACAACCUCACAAGAAGCAUUGCCUUCCCAUUCUUCCAUACCAGCCCUAUCAACAGUCUGUUGCAGACAGUGAAAGCACCAACCAGCUGGUCAGUAGCAACACCUACUUCAGCAUAGAACCAGAGGGCCUCUACGCGUUGCAACAGAGAGUAGAUCACAGUCCAGCAUCAGAAGUACCUGCCUACUCGGAUUAUUCCCAAGACAGCCAGAGUCAAGCUGCAAUAAAGAACGGAACUGGCAACUUUUCUGAUAAAGGAUAUUCGCAAACUGUUGUGAACGUCUCCAGAGAAAGUUAUUAUUCCAGCAGCGAUAAUUCUAGGAGUUCCACACCGCCUCCACUGCCUCCACCACCAUCUUCUGACAUCCUAGACAACAUUGUUUUUUCUAAGGAGACUGAG